GAUUUUUUUUCAAUUGCCCUAAUUUAUGAUAUAUAUAUAUGUCAAUUGCCAAAAGCUUUUUGUGUUGCAAGUACCUUCUCCACAUUCUCUUCAAAGUUGAAACCCUCUCCAUCUCAAGAAACCUAAGCACCUAAUAAUGUCGGCCACCUCGCUUUUCUGGUCGUCAUUAACGGGCCUUCAACUCAUCGAGGAGGUGACCCAAAAGGCCGACGAGGUUCAAGAGCAAGUGUUGGCCCAAAUCCUGGCCCAAAAUGCCAGCACCGAAUAUCUCACAGGCUUCGGCCUCAAUGGAUCCACCGAUCGGGAGGCAUUCAAAUCAAAGAUACCAAUGACGACCUAUAAAGAUCUCCAGCCGUUGAUCAAAAGAAUAGCCGACGGUGAUCGUUCUCCCAUUUUGUGUGCUCAACCCAUCUCCACAUUUCUCAUCAGCUCUGGGACUACUAGUGGUGACCCAAAGCUUAUUCCAUCUAACAAGGAUAUGUUAAAUCGUGGUUCACUUACUAUCGGGCUUACUGAAUCUGUUCUUAACCAGCAUUUUGAGGGGCUGGACAAAGGCAAAGGGCUCAACUUCAUGUUCACGAGAGCCGAGUCCAAAACUCAAGGCGGGGUCACCGUACAAACGGCGCUCACUUACCUCUACAAGAGCGAAGAAUUCAAGAAACACAACGAAGAUACUUUCACGAGCCCAACCGAAGCCGUUAUCUGCUCUGACUCGUUUCAAAGCAUGUACGCGCAAAUGCUCUGCGGCCUCUACGCGCGCGAACAAGUUUUCUGGCUUGGGAAACUCUUCGCGUACGGCUUCGUCCGUGCAAUCAAGUUUCUCGAGCACAACUGGCAACAACUGACCCACGACAUACGAACCGGGUCGCUCGACCCGAAGGUGACCGACCCUGCGAUCCGCGACUGCAUGCCGCGGGUCGCACGACCCGACCCUGACCUGGCGGACUUCAUAGCCCGCGAGUGCGCCAGGGACGACUGGGCCGGGAUCAUCCCCCGAAUCUGGCCCAACGCGAAAUAUCUCAACACAAUCGUCACGGGCCCAAUGGCCCAAUACAUCCCGACCCUCGAAUACUACGGCGGAGGACUUCCGAUAGUGUCGAUGGCGUACGCAUCAUCCGAAUGCUUUCUCGGGAUAAACCUUGACCCCACGUGUCGCCCAUCCGAGGUCUCCUACACCUUCAUGCCAUGCAUGGCCUAUUUCGAGUUCUUUCCGGCCGACGACCGCUCGGAGCCUGUUGACUUGGUCAACGUCGAGGUCGGCAAGGAGUACGAGGUGGUGGUCACUACGUUUUCCGGGCUCUACCGGUACCAACUCGGCGACAUCGUCCAAGCCUCCGGUUUCCACAACUCGGCCCCGAAAUUCCGGUUCGUGAGACGGAAAGACGUGUUGCUAAACAUCGAUUGGGAGAACACUAAGGAAACGGAGCUCCAAGAGGCGGUGGAGAAAGCGGCCCGACUUCUCCUUCCGCACGGGAUUAGAGUGCUCGACUACACGAGCCGCGUGGACCCCACGACUGUCCCGGCACACUACGUCGUGUAUUGGGAGCUAUUAAACGAGCGUGAGUCGAAUGAUCAACCGCGGGCCGUGUGGGAAGAGUGUUGUGUGGCGAUGGAGGAAUCGUUCAAUUGGGUGUACCGUAUGUUGAGGGAUAGCUCGAUUGGGCCGUUGGAGAUUAGGGUUGUGAAAGAUGGGACGUUUGAAGAGGUAAUGGAGUGGGCCGUGUCACGAGGUGCAUCGCUCGGGCAGUUCAAGGUGCCCCGGUGUGUUAGCCAGCGAGAAAUGGUCGAACUUCUCGACUCGCGGGUUGUGGCCUCGUAUUUUCGCCCGCCAUUGUCAGAUCAACCUACAGAACCGCGGUACUAGUUGAUAGAAUAUGCAUGUUGUUUUAAAUUACUUGUUGCGACGCGUUGAGGUAUAAAGUGUGAGUGGACACAUUUUGGUUGUUAAAAGUUGUGCUUGUACGACUAAUUUGUUAUAUUUGACCUUUUAAG